CCAGAAUAUAGAAAAUUAAUGAAUUAUAAAUAAAUAAGCUUAGAGCGCACCGCCGUCGCCGACGUCUUUCUUCUGUUCUUACAGCGACGAAUGCUGCAGAAUCGCUUUUCCGGAACGGAGACAAUGGCAGCUGCAUCUCUGGUGGCAGGAAGCGUCACAAAUCUAGAGAUUUCGCGUUACUGGAAGCAGAAACGCCUGACGGAGGAAGAUCACCUCUACGCUGCUAUCAAGGCUGCCGCUCGCGUUAGGGCUCGGAAUCUCUCUGAUGAUGAUCACCUGCGCUUCGAAUGCUACUUAAAGGAGAGCGAUGGCCACAGGGACGACAAACACAUCUCCACAAUGCUCGGUAUAGAUGACAAUAAAGAAUUAAUGGUGGGAAUAAAAGACUGGUGGACUAAGAGCAAAUACGCGUACCUGAACGAGCCAGCCAUGAUGUUCCUCGACAAACCCGGCCAACGGAACUGCACUUAUCUUCCCAACUUCUUGCGCUGCAAUUCUGCUUCUCCUUAAUCAUCAAGUAAGCGUCUAAGUUCACGCAAUACUUGCUCGUCGCCAAAAAUGUGUGCAUGCUAAUGUGAUAUGAUUAUUGCUUUGUGUAUAUAUGUGUUUAAAGUUUAAACAUUGCUUGUUAUUUUCUCGCACUUCAAACUAUGGAGAUGUGUAUAUAUGAUUUGCUGUGCGCGUAAUAAGCACAUAGCGAACUAUUCUUUCGCCUUUUACGAAAGAAUACAGUGUGUGUUGAAUAUAUCCAACGUUAAAGACUCCCUAUAUUGUAAGGCUGAAAAAUAAUGUUGGACUCCGGUAAAGUGCUUACUUUACUUAACAUUAAUUGAUUUUAAGUUGGAAUUCCGAA